AUGUCCGCAGACAUAGGACAAAAUGUUUUGGAUUCUCAGCUAGACCCAAAUAACGAUUUUAUAUCUAUUAAAUCAAAAUUGCUUUCAUGUGAUAUUGAAAAGGACUUUAAUCUGUUGGCCUCUGUAGAAAAUGAAGAAGAAAUUAGUUUGGAUGAAGGAAUUGAAGCUCCACUUCCGGAUAUACUGUACAUUAAUUUCUGCUUCGAACAAUCUGGUAUUGGACUAUGUUCAGAGGAGUCCUUCCGCAUUUAUAUAGCUCUUAAGCAAUUAGUUGACACUUAUCCAAUUAAAUCUUUACGCUUUUGGGGAAAAAUAUUUGGAACACAUCAAAAUUAUUAUAUAGCUGAAACUGAAUUCGCGGAAGGUGAUAUUGAAGAUGAGGCCGAGUCGUCUGGUGAGCCUGACGAGAGUGAAGUGGAAAAAAAUGCUGACGAAGAAGAAGGUAAUGAAGCAGAACUGCUAGGAUAA